CGUGUCAACAGGUCAAGUACGGGGUGCAGGCAGUAUUCGGCCCAUCGGAUCCGAUCCUGGGCCAACACAUUCACAGCAUCUGCGACGCACUGGACAUUCCACAUCUGGAAGCCAGGCUGGACCUGGACACGGAGGCGAAAGAGUUCAGCAUCAACCUCUAUCCCGCACAAAGUUUGCUCAACGCCGCUUAUCAGGACAUCAUGGAGUUUCUCAACUGGACCAAGGUCGCCAUUAUCUACGAGGACGACUACG